CUGUUCUAUAUAAGGAUGCAGGAGAGUCUUCUUCCAUAUACUUCUUCUCUACAACAGAAUAAUGGAAACAGAAUUAGUUCAAGAUAUUGUCAUUGUGGGAGCUGGAAUUGCAGGCGUCACAACUUCAUUAGGACUUCAUAGAUUAGGUAUCCGAAGUUUGGUGUUGGAAUCUUCGGAUAAUUUGAGGGUCACUGGCUUUUCUUUGUCCCUAUGGCAAAAUGCUUGGAAGGCUUUGGAUGCUGUCGGUGUUGGAGACAAACUCCGCCACAACCAUCGACGGCUCCAUGGGAUUGUCACAACUUCAUUGGUUACUGGGAAACAAAUAGCAGCCAAGCCUUUCAAAUCAACAGAAAACCAAGAAGGUAUUGAAAUUCGUUGUGUUCAACGAACAAAAGUGUUGGAAGUCCUGGUCAAUGAGCUUCCAAAAGAAACCAUCAGAGCUGAGUCCAAAUUGGUUACCUUUUUAAGGGAAAACAUCUUACCUGCAUUCAUGGCUGGUCAAUAUCUUAAGAAGGCAGGUUAUGACUGUGGAAAGUUAAACCCUUAUUAG